CGGGUCUCGUCGGCGUUAAGUCUGACGGACCAAUCAGAGCGCUCCGCCACUGACGGACCUCCGUGAGGCCAGGCGCAGUUAGUUAGGCACCGAACCCAGAGGAACCAGCGUCAGUCAGUCAGUCAGCUCCAGCUUGAGAAAGUUAAAUUGAGACUCUGGCGUCUUUUUUCCCCUUGGAUAGUUAUUCUGAAAUUUCCGAUGUGGGGUGCAGUUAAAUUCUCACAGGUUUGAGAAAAUCUGAGAACAUUUCGUUUUUUCCCCCUUUUUUGUCUACCCCUAUGAUGGAUUAUCAAUACGCCUAAUGGAGAGGAAACAAAACAGAGAUCGGAAGUGCUUUUGAAAACCAAAAAACAAAACAAAACAACAACUAAAACAGGUGACACAUCUAGCAGCAGCGGUUCAAUCUGUCCUCAUCAUCUUCUGCCACGAUAACAGGCUGCCAUCAGAGGAGCGCGGAGAUGUACAGUGCGCAGGCUCUCCUCAGCAUCCAACCCCAGAGCAGCGCACAGAUCUGAUUGUCGACUUGUUAACCCGGAGAGUAUUCUGGAAACCAAGCUCCUAAGAGACGACAAGAAAAUAACUCCCCCUCCCCCCUUUCAAAGAAAACUGUAUUGGAACAAUAGUCGGUGGACCUUGUGGGUCUCUUUUAAUUCCACAGCAGAACCCUCCUAGGAAGGUUUGAGGAGCAUAUAAGUGAAACAAGUGGAGCCCUGGGUGAUUUCAACGUUCCGUCUCCCCCAUCUGUGCCUACAUCCUCUGCUACAGAUAGGGACGUUUUGAUAAUUACAUAUAAUUAUAAUUUCUGUGGGAGACAGAUCUGCCUCUGUCUAUUAUUGCCAACACCUUCAGUACAAUAACUUCACACAUUUACAUAUCUCUCAACAAAAGUGAUAUUCUUUAAACCCCCCGGAAAUAAAUCAGGAAUAAUUCUGCUCCGACUGAAAUGUCACAUGCAAAAGCAAUGUGCCAUUCAUCUCAUAUCUAAUUUAGGAUACUGCUGAGUGACAAGGGUAACUUUUUUCUUUUUUCUGCCACAAAAAUCUGAUUAAAAACCAUGGGAUUUAGCCCUUGUUGCUCCAUGUUUUACAGGCUGGGAGUCAUUCUUCUACUUCAUGCGUGCUCAUAAUUUUUUUUCUGCCUUCUGGCACAUAAGCAGAGCCUUCCUCAUUAUCACCCACAGUUCGGUCACAGUAACGGCCUGUGCCAGGCAAGAGCUGACCAAACUGAUCCCGAUGGAGUUCUCUGAAAUGAACUUGCAUUAAUGGACAAUAUUGAUCCACGUUGCAGUCGCUCACUUUCAGAUGAUUGUUUAAAGGGCAUAAAAUCCCCAAAGCUGUCAGAGUUUUAUUCGCAUACAGUACUUCUAAUGUUACUAUCUGCUUAGAAGACAAUUAAGUGCUAAAUGUAGAACGUGCCAAAUUUAACUAGUUACCAGAAGAUGAAGAGAACAGACAAAACACUCCCUGUGAACCAUUUCUCCAGUGCUAGAGUCAGCAGACGAAUGUACAGGAACACCAUAUUUUACUGAAUAAAUUUGCUUUUCAUUUUUUAAGGACUUUUGUGGCCAGAAAUUGUGUCCAACAAGUUUUUUUUAAAAGAUAUGAGAAUAAAGCUAUUAUGCUUUUGGGGCUCCUUCAUAAAAAGCAAUUAAAACAAUUUUAUUAACAUUAUCAUUAAAUACUGACACACACACACACACACACACACACACACACACACACACACACACACACACACACACACACACUCUCACAGAUAAAUUGACAGAAUUAGGCUUUUUUGAGAAAUGUUAUUAUUUAGCAUCCCUGUAUGAAACCCAUGAUACAUCUCUGAUAUCCAGUAGGCUGUACAUUAAUUUUUUCACAUGGUAUUUUAGUGGGUUAAACUGGAAAAGCAGACAAAGCUUUGUAACUACAUUGAAUCAACAACAGAAAAUAGGUGUCUUAGUCAUGUAAAAAUGACGCCCACCACCUAUCUCAGAGUCCUCGCCGUCUCCCUGCUCUCUAUCUUCGCUGCCCCACUUACCAGUGCAGUGGAGCCCUCUUCAUACCCCCCUCCUCAGCAUGUAGACCGCUCAGGGAGACCGUUCACAGAGCAGCCAGACACCGAUUCCAGCUCCUCUCUCCUGCUCCUUGCCAUCCAGGCCAAUGCUAGGCCGGCUGCUCUCCGAAGCAAACCUAAAGCCCCUGAGGAGCUUCAAGACACCUCAGAGGGUGCUCUGGAGCCGCUUCCAAAACCCCUGGCCCAGGUGAAGUUUCCUAAGAAUGCAACCUCUUCAGAGGGCCUAGGAGAGCAUUUCGGGGCAGCCCACAUCCCACCUCGCAUUAUGGAUGGAUGGACGGAUGUAUGUUGGGGUUACUACGACGUGAUGGGACACUUUGAUAGUGCUUUCAACUGCUCCAAAGACUCCUACAUCUACUGCUGCGGAACCUGCCACUACCGGUUCUGCUGUCCAGAGCGAAGCCGCAAGCUGGACCAGGACAGCUGCAAAAACUAUGACUCUCCAGACUGGGCCAAGCCGCAGACGGACGCCAUGAUCAUACCCGAGGACCUGGGUGCCGACCCCGACUUUGAUCCGCUGAAACAGCAGAGCCACAACACGGGAUUCGUCAUCGGCGGCGUUGUUGUGUUCAUGGUGGCUGUCGCCGUGGGCAUCAAGGUGAUUUUUAACAAGGUCCAACAGGAGGCCAACCAAAGGGACCUGAAUAUGCCCAGAGCCCUGGUUGACAUGUUGCGCCACCAGUCGAGCCCGGUCCAGCAGGACGAGAGAAACAACAGCGUGGCUCUGACCGUAGGGGACGGACAGGGGACGCUGGGAAGAGCUCCGAAAAAUCUCUACGCCCCAGGAGUGCCCAGCAAGGACAACAGAUUGGGCAAUCUGCAGCACAAUUUCAUCCACUCGUCAGGCUCCAGCCCCAAACACACUGCAACUAUCGAACGCACCCCUCGGAUGAACAACGCUCAGCUGGCAGCUGGAGGCACCCUGCUUUCCAGUAAACACAACAACACCAAAUCCCAGCCUUCCUUCCACCACUCGCUGCACAACCUGGCCCAGCUGCCGCCCUCUUAUGAGAGCGCCACCAAGCCCGAGCUCAACAGAUACUCCUCACUCAAACGCCUCGAGAAAGGACUUGAUGAGUACUCGUCUGGUUACUGCACCACCAAGCGCCGACCCCACACAGCCCAGCCGGCCCUCCAAUCCUCCCAGCACCACCUCCACUGGGGUGGAGACUACACCCUAAGUGGGAGAGGAACCCUUCCCAGGCACGCAGUCCGUCCCUGGAUCCCGCCGCCUCCGUCUGGCAUGCCUGCCUCUCCCACUCCCAAUCCAUACCCUCUCGAUCCUCCUGAGCCCCAGUACAAUCCCAACUACGACACUCUCUCCAAGCCUCCGAGGAAAGUAAAGUCCACUGACCAGCUGCUCAACAUGGGUGACGUACCAGGCAACACUGGGACCCUGUCUCGACUGGCUAAGAACCAGCAACACCAGUACCACCAUGCCAUGGCUGUCUCCAACAAGAAUUCCAACAUGCAAACCCUGACCAGGAAGACCCAGGACAGGCAGGAGAGACAGGAGAGGAUGCUGAUGUCUCCGGACCACUUGGAGGAGAGGAUGGGGGUCGGCGGGAUGGGAGUCGUGGAUCCCUAUGCCCACACAGGAACUGGCAUUGUUCCCACGCUGCCGCGCCAGCAGAAGGCCCAGUCCCAGCAGAACGUGUGCGCUACACCUUCCCUCGACCGGCACCACAUGAUCAAGAUGAACUCUCACCCCACAUCUGGGCGGGAGCAGGAGAGGAGCACGGGCAUGACUGGCCACAUGAGCGGGGGCGUGGGCUGGUCGGGAGAGAUGCCCGGAGCCGGGGUAGUCAUGGGAACGGGAACGCUGGGGGGCCACAGCGCCAGGAGGAUGGCUUUUGCAGCAAAAAGGCAGAACACCAUUGAGCAGCUACACUUCAUACCAGGAGGGGGCGGCGGGGGGUCUGCAGGAAGCGCAGGAGGCAGUCAGGGAAUCAGGACGGGAAGUAAGAACGAGGUGACUGUGUAAGGUCUGUGCCUAGAGUAGAGAAAAGCCCUUAGACGUAGGGGAAUAGAUCACCCUUCUGCAUUUAACUAUUAGAUACAACUACAACAAAUAAAACUAGAAGUAUACAGUAGUAACAGUAACGUAUUUAGGCUAUACAAAAUUGUGUUCUCUUGUAAUCAAAUUAGCUUGAAUAUGACUACUUAUAAAGCUAAGAGUCUAGGUGGGGACACCUUUGUGAUAGCCUACAUCAGCCAUAUUUUGUAACCGAUUUUUGCCAUAUCGCCAUAUACAGCAGUGCCAUUACACGUAGAAGGACUGGACUGGUGAAACAAAACCAACAGAGGAGUUGUUCAUGGUUUAGUUUAUAUAUAUAUAUACAUAUACACAUAUAUAUAUAUAUAUUUAUAUAUAUAUAUAUAUAUAUAUAUAUAUAUAUAUAUAUAUGUUUUUAAAGAAGUACUCAGGAGCCAUAUUAGAUGUUGAGAACGAGACAUUAAAAAACACAUUUUAAUGAAGCAGAGGACUUCAGAGGACAGAGCCAACUAUCUGGACUGAUGUCGAUGUGUUAGGCUGAGGAAACCUGAUCAGUCUCAAAGACCAUUGUGCCUGCAUGGGGAAGGAUUUUGGAUAUUUUACAUUUUGCAGAACAAAACCUCAUCCUGACACAAAGAGACUGAACUGUGCUUCUUGCUCCAUAACUGGGUGGAGGAGGCUGUUUUCCAGCAGGACUCCUCACCAGAUUUCAAACAGAGGACGGACCCAAAAUUAACAAUCCAACACCUGGGUUGCCUAAUUUUCCACGUGACCUUAGAUUUUAAAUCAUCAGAGGAAUGCACACUCUGACCAUUGCUACACUACAAGGAAGCUGAUAUUCAAGGUGAUAUAAGGUCAUUUUCAUGGGCUGAAGGUUGCCCUGGUGUUUCCAUUUAUCGAUCAGGCCUUACCAAAUAUACCAAGCCAUCUAUUUUAAUAUUACCCAAAAAUAAGUGGUUACUCUAAAGCAUGUGUUCAGUUUACCUCCAGAGAAGCAACUCGUUGUGUAGUGCGUUUGUAUACAAAGAGCACAAAGAGGUUACACUUACACAGCUGUCCUACAAAGCCAUCUUUUUGGGGAUACAAAGGAAAUAUUCACCCUGGAAGUUGGUCUGACAAUCACCACUUAUUUAGUAUCACACUUGAUAUAAGCCAGUUAUUUUUUCUGCAGUCAAAGGAUUGACUUUGGAACAAGCCUGUGAGAAAAUAAUCCUCAGAGUGGGAUGAGAGACUCGGACGGUUAGGAAGCCCUUCACAUCUUCAAGACAAAGAACUUGCUGUAUCAUAAUGCACUUCAGCCAGUAUAGGUUAGAAAAAAACAUAAAAAAGUAGAAAAAAAAAUCUUCAUCAAUAACAACGCUUAUCAAUACUAAGGGCUAUCCUAUAUACUGUAGUAUGUGAUAUCUGUGGUCCAUAUAAAAUGCUCUCUCUUUCUAUCGAUUUUUUGUGUUGAUAUUGUCAUGACGUAUCAAGUAUUAAUGUGUAGGAACAAAAAAAAUAACCAACAACAUAAAAACAAGAGCAAUUUAAACACAGUUCCAAGAGAAACACAGAGACAAAACUUUGCACAAACCAGUCCCCUGAUAUUUGCACCAGACACGAGCACGCUCCGUGUCGUGUCCUCAAGGUUUACAUUCUGCACGAGCUCGGCCGAGAGCGCGACUGAUCUACGGAAGAGGGUACUGCAUUGAGAGAAGAUUUAUUUUUGUUCCUUAUUUUUUAUUUUUUCUAUCAAGUGAAAUCAGAGGUAUAUACGUGGGUGAAGAAAGGAACGUUUCAGCUAGAGGAUACAAAGAGGCGAAACGCUGAAGAACAGAAACACACGACUCCAUUUGGACAAUCUUCCUAUACACAGUGAUAAAUGUAGUUGUUAUAAAUAUGAUGGAGUGUUCUUAUUAGUAAUUAUUAUAACUGUUAUGGUUAUUAUUAACAAUUAUCUUAUGAUGUGAUGUUCUUUUUCUUGGUGGGAUUUAAGUGUUUAUUGUUUUUAGAUGAAUUUACAUUUUCAUGACUAGUUUUAUUUAUUAUUUCGGUCAUUAAGAUUUUGAGAAGACUCCAAACCUCGAUGCAUGCCAGCUCCAUUUCAUUGAGAGGCACUGACAAUGCAUGCCUGGCAUUUCUAAAGGGUCGUUAAUGCUUCAAAUGGCCAACCCUCCAGCUGUAUGUACCGUGCCUAGACAUCAGCCUUAUGACUUCUUUGUCUCAAGUAAUUACUUAGGUUUCCACUCGGGUACAAAAAAAUGUAUGGAACAAUUCUGCAGCCUUCUAGCUCGACGUGCAUUGAGAGAGUUUCGAACAAGUCUCUUCUGCAGUGGCCUGACUGGCUAACCUAUGAUGGGCUGUACGCACAAACCCCUACGAUGCCAUAAUGUAUGUAUGUUCAGAUGAAUGUUUACUACAGAGGGAGAGAGCUAGAGGUCUACCCAGAACCCUGAUAGCUUUGAAGUGCAGUGUCUUUUUUCAGGGAAAUAGGACAGACAACGUACAAGUUGUAUUUGAUUUUUUUAACAUAGAGCCACAAAAAGGUCUGUAGCAAAGUCUGUAAUAUCUCACAAGCCAUAGCCAUCGAAACUCAUCAUCACGAUUUUAUAAAUGGUUAAUCUAAUUUGUGCAAGUAUUGUAUUUUGUAUAGCUAGUACAAUCAGAAUAUUUUGAGUGAUCUCUUCAACAUUAAUUUGAGGAUACAAAAAAAAACCUUACGUGUUAGUAUCUAAUGAACUGUACAGUGCCAAACUCAUAACAUUUUGUUGUCUUUUUAUUCUCAUAGCAUCCAUGUUGGCUACAGGGGUUAUUUCUUUUUAUCACAAAGGCGAACAGGCAGGUACACUGAAAAGCUUGCUUAAUUCGGAGAGAAAUGAAUGAAUAUGGUGCGCAUUUUUACCAUGAUGAAUUAAUUUCAAAGGGAAAAUGCAUAAAGACCAUCUGAAAUGGACAGGAUAGAGUGUCCAGUAAAGAAGAUUUAUGGAUUUAUUUUAAUGCUGAUAGAUUUAAACACAAACCCAUUUUGUUAUUGUUAAAUGCAUUGAUUCCCUUGGAUACAACAGUGACAAAGAAUUUGUAUAAUAAAGUUGGUGGGAAAAA